AUUUGCGCCUUCCAAUAUGUAGUUCCAGGCUGACCAAAGUAGUAUAGACAAUCAGAAUGUCUGAGAAUACCGCUCCUACUCCGUCGCAAAGCGACAUAAACUUCAUGAUCCAGAUCUUCCAGCACAUGACGGAGAAGCCUGCCAUCGACUGGCAGAGCUUCGCUGACGCUGCAGGCUUCAAGAACACAACCGUCGCCCAUACUCGAUGGGGCCAGAUCAAGCGCAAGUUCAACAACUCCACCAUCCAGACCACUCCGAAGAAGGCUGCCUCCAAGGCCUCCCCCAGCACCCCUGGCUCCACGUCCAAGGUCAAGAAAGCUGCCGGUCGCGUUGGCGCAAAGGCCAACAAGGGUAAGAACGCGGUCAAGGCGGAGGCGGAUGCCCAUGAUGAGGAAGAGGACGAGAAGGCGGUUGACAGCCCCAUCAAGGCGGAGUGCGUCAAGUUCGAGGACACAUACAUCUAAGCCACUUUUGCACGAGGCAUUUAAGAUCCAUUAGAUGCUUCUUGCGAUACGUUUGAGGUCCGGGAUUGGGGAAAGGGGUAGGGUGGUUCUCAGAUUCAAGCUUGUAUGCCGCUAGGGAGAUUGCCGCAUGCGUCAGGCAUAUGCGUCC